AUGAAAAGGAAUAGAGAGAAGUUUAAUGUUGGACAACAUCAGAUUCCACCUUAUGAGAGGCAACGUUUAGAGAGAGUGAGGUUUAACGAAGAAAGAAUGAAAGCAAAAGGGUUUGGAGGUUUGGCAAACAAGUCAUUACUCGACAAAACUCAGGAGAUUCUCAGUGGAUGGAGAGAUGAUGAAAUAUUUUCAUCUGAUGACGAGUACUUCACAUCAGACUAUGAGGGUUAUGACGAGGAGAACGAAACUAAUAAUGAUGCGCGGCAAAAUACUAUGGAGGUGGAAAAAGAGGGAGUGAAGCACCCAUUAUCUCAACCAUUAUCUAUGAGGGAGUUUGUGCAUAAAAAUGGGCAACGGAACCAACAAGCAAAGGAUAACACACAAUCUGAAAAUGUCGAGCAAAACAGGCGAAAAUCCGUGGGGACUGCCAAACCUGCAAAACAGCAAAUGACAAAGGAUAUUGCACGCCCUCAAAAGCAACAACCAAAGGGAAAGACACAAGAAAAGGAGUAUUGUAUUCCGGGGUCUAUAUCUUCAUUUCGCUUGUUUCGGCAAAAGCAGUUAGAAAAGAUGCGACACACCACAGACACGGAAUCUCCUAUUACCAAUGGAAUGACACAUGAAGCAAACUUGGAAAUUCAGAUUCCUUCCACUAUAAUAAGAAAUGAUGAAGUUGAACAUGAAUUGGAGCAACAACCAAUAAAUGAAGAAAUAGAAGUGGAAUCUCAACCAAAUGAAAGAAUAGAGGAAGCUUGUAAGAGUAAAAAGCAACGAGGUCCAACAACGUUAACAAAGGUCCACUCGCGUACAAGAGAAGAGCGUGAAGCUAUUGUACUGAACUCAAUCGGCCAACCAGUUGGACCAACAAAAGAAGUUGUUGAUGAAUUUAGCCUCUUCUUGGGUACAGUUGCUAGGGAUUCCGAGCUUGCGCCUCUUAAUUAUGGAAAUUCAAACUUUUGCCCACACUUGAUAAAAUAUGGGAUUAUGUUGGGUAAAGCAAAAGCACUACUAUGCACAUGA